ACGCAAACCCAUUUUGCUUCCGGUGUAAUAUUUGUCAAGGGGAAGUACUUGGGGUUUCGUCUUCGUUACAAUGCUAGCUAGAUAGCGGUACACAUUGUCCAUCUAUUUUUUAUCGUUCAUCGAUAGUUGCAACAACUGAGCAGUUCAGAGACCCAGCCAUGUCUAUGUCCCACCUGUACGGACGGCAGGGAGAGGAGGAGGAUGAGGGGGUGGAGGUAGAGAAGUUUGAGGUGACAGAAUGGGACCUGGCCAAUGAGUUUAACCCGGAGCGUCGCAGACACAGACAGACCAAAGAGGAGGCCGUCUAUGGCAUCUGGGCAGAGAGGGGAGACUCCGACGAUGAGAGACCCAGCUUCGGAGGGAAGAGGUCUAAGGACUACUCUGCCCCUGUGAGUUUUGUGAGUGCUGGGCUACGCAAGUCUGCAGCAGAGGAGAAUCAACAACAACAGCAGCAGAUAGAUGGAGGGUCAGAUGACUCUGACAAUGACAACACUCCCCCUGCCCAACCCCCACCCCGCGACACUGCACCUAAGAAACUGCAGACGGGUGGUCAUUUCCGUGGCAAUAGCCAGUCCCAGAGGACGGGGUUUGCGGCCGGUAUCCGAGCUGGAGGAGACUUGGGCACUUGGGAGAAACACACCAAGGGGAUUGGCCAGAAACUCCUCCAGAAGAUGGGCUAUGUACCAGGGAAAGGACUGGGGAAAAACGCCCAGGGUAUUUUGAAUCCCAUUGAGGCAAAGCUUCGGAAGGGAAAGGGGGCGGUGGGCGCCUACGGCAACGAGAGAACCAAACAGUCACUACAGGACUUCCCUGUGGUUGACUCCGAGGAGGAGGAGGAGAAGGAGUUCCAGAGGGAACUAGGUCAGUGGCGUAGGGACCCUGCAGGUGGUGGAGGGAAGAAGAAACCAAAGUAUUCCUACAGGACUGUAGAGGAGCUGAAGGCUAAAGGCAAGCUGGCUGGACGGACCACACAGACACCCGCUGGAGAACUGGCUCAAGUCAAGGUGAUAGAUAUGACAGGCAGGGAACAGAAGGUGUAUUACAGCUACAGUCAGAUGACUAACAAACUCAGUGUACCAGAGGAGGCUCCACUGAGUGUGGCCACACGUGAGCAGAAGACGUCUGGCUUUGCCCUGCCAGAACUGGAACACAACCUGCAACUACUGAUCGACCUGACGGAACAAGACAUACUACAGUCCUCACGGCGUCUGCAGCAUGAGCGUGACGUGGUGGUGACUCUAAGCCACGAGAGCUCCGGUCUGCAGACGAGGCUCGGGACAGAACGGGAUGCCAUCCAGAGGCUAGAGGCAGUACUGCAGCUGGUGGAUCGCUUUCAGAGCGGGGAGACUGCACCCGGGGUAGGACCCAGCCUGCAGGAGUGUGCUGGUGUUUUUGAGACUCUACAGAGUGAGUUCUAUGAGGAGUACAAGACUCUAGGUUUGGGAGAUCUGGCUGCGGCUGUAGUACAUCCACUACUCCGAGAGAAACUACGCACAUGGGAUCCUCUCAAGGACAGUUCAUAUGGUCUGGAGGAGGUGGGUCAGUGGCGAGCCAUCCUGGAGUCUGAUCAGCUUCACCACGCCAACGCCCCUGAAGCACACAUGGACCCAUACCACAGGCUGCUGUGGGAGGUGUGGAUCCCUGUGCUGCGAGUGUGUGUGUCGGGGUGGCAGCCUCGCAUGGUAGGACCCAUGGUGGACUGUGUGGAGGUCUGGGCCCCUCUGCUGCCCCUCUGGAUACUAAACCACCUCCUGGAACAACUCCUCUUCCCCAGGCUGCAGAGAGAGGUGGAUAGCUGGAACCCCCUGACCGACACAGUGCCCAUCCACUCCUGGCUCCACCCCUGGCUGCCUCUGCUCCAAUCACGGCUGGAGCCUCUCUACCCACCCAUCCGCAGUAAACUGGCCAAUGCGCUGCAGCGCUGGCACCCGAGUGACGGCUCCGCCCGCCUCAUCCUCCAACCAUGGAGAGACGUGUUCACGCCCGGUGCCUGGGAGGCCUUCAUGGUCAAAAACAUAAUCCCUAAACUAGCUCUGUGUCUGGGGGAGCUGGUAAUAAAUCCUCACCAGCAGCAGAUGGAGCCGUUCAAUUGGGUGUUGGACUGGGAGGGCAUGCUGUCUCCCUCUAGCCUCGUAUCACUGCUGGACAAACACUUCUUCUCCAAGUGGCUACAGGUGCUGUGUUCGUGGCUCAGUAACAGUCCUAACUAUGAGGAGAUUACAAAGUGGUACCUAGGCUGGAAGUCCAUAUUCAGUGAUGCUGUUCUGGCUCAGCCACUCGUUAAGGACAAGUUCAACGAAGCUCUGGACAUCAUGAACCGCGCUGUCUCCUCUGGCCUUGGUGGGGGGUACAUGCAGCCUGGUGCCCGUGAGAACAUAGCAUACCUCACACACACAGAGCGUCGUAAAGACUUCCAGUACGAGGCUCUGCAGGAGCGCCGGGAUGCUGAGAGCGUGGCGCAGCGAGGCAUCGGUGCCAGCUUGCCCACCAACUUCAAAGACCUGAUCCAGACCAAGGCUGAGGAGAACAACAUUGUCUUCAUGCCGCUGGUUGCCAAACGCCACGAGGGCAAACAGCUGUACACCUUUGGACGUAUCGUCAUCUACAUAGACAGAGGAGUGGUCUUCGUACAGGGAGAGAAGACCUGGGUCCCUACAUCCCUACAGAGUCUCAUAGAUAUGGCCAAGUGAUAGAGGGAGUACAUAGAGAUGGCGAUAAGGUGAAAGAUGUGUAGAGGCAGCACGCUUGUCAUUUGUUUGUAAUAAGUUUGUUAUUCAGCUGGUAAUCACUGAAAUAUGUAAUUGGAACCAUGAAUAAAUGAUUUGACUUUCUA